GCAGGAAUGAAAUGUAAAGGUGGUGCUAUCUACGAUGACUGUGGACCAGCCUGUCGCCUCACGUGUAAAAACAAAGACGACGCGAACAAAGUGUGUACCAAGCCAUGUGUGGCUGGAUGUCAAUGUCCGGCUGGGAAAGUUUGGCAUAAGAAGAAGUGCAUUUCGCCGUCAAAAUGUCCAAAGUAGGUAAGCUUUGUUGUUUAUGCAUGUCAACACAUACACCAGGUUUAUCAUACAGAGCUAGAUCUAAACAUUUGCAUCGUUUCGAAAUUGAAUAGGAUUUUAGAAUUGCACACUGUAUUCCAGUAAAUCCGGAAGUACUGAGCUCUUUAUAGGCCACCUGAGACUACGGUAACUCAAACAACCUAGUUAAGACAUUUUUUAUCCUUAUAUAUACAAAGUUUGACUUGAUUCUUUCCGUUAAACUAAGAUUAUCCUGUCUGGGUUCCAUGUCUCUGAUUAUACUGACGGUUACAUCAAUACAACUCGAAAGUGUUAAGACUGAUAUUCAAUGGAUGAGGAAAUUUCAAUGAAAAGCACAAGGGUUAAUCUCUUGAAAAAAAAAGGCUUCUACUCAUGUGUGUUGUGGUUGCCUUGGAGAGUUUAAUUAUUCUGCAGAAGCUUAACUCCUAGCACAUAGAUAGUAAGCUUCUCAAGUGCGGAAGUGCCCAUUCUUUUAUUCAAUCAAUAAUAGCAUGAAUGAAAAAUAAAGUUAAAGUAGUGAACCGUAUAGGUAAUUGAAAUAAUAUCUUCAGUCAUUUGUCUGAAGACAUAGUAACUGAAGUAAUAUGUCACUCCAAGAUUCAGUGUAUAUAUAAGGACUAUUACCCACGUGGUUGACCAGACUGAUUGUCAAAUUUGACAGCUAUAUACCAUGUCAAUUGCACUACAGCAAAAUUGGCAAACGUUGUAUACAUUGUUGGUUUUUUGCUCAGAUGAUAACACUGGAUACUUGGUGAAGUAUAUUGAUCCUAGGACUGGAUCAAAAUUAAUUCACCUCACUUUAAAUAGUGAUUUAUUCGUACGAGAUGUCAUUUCAAAUCCUCCAAUUCGGACUGGACUAAAUUCCAAGUCCUCGCAUGUUGAUCCAGUCCUCGACUUCGCCUCGGGCUUGAUCAAAUCUAAAGCUUUGUUACGUUGUUCUAUUCGAUGCUUCUGCAAACUAGAAUAGUAACUAGACAUGUGAGUUCCCUAAAGCUCAGAAUUGGGUAUAAACAAGCCAUGUUUGUCUCUUGGUACAAUAUUUACUUUUGAACUUGACCUAAGUCCUAACCUUAUAGAAUGUAUAAAAUCUUCAAAAGGAUCAUUCCUGAUUACAUAACCUCAUUGAGACUGAUAAUCCUAUUUCGUGCCUUAUUAUUUUCAUAUCUUCUCUCCUAUUAUUUUUAGAAGCAUUGCUUAAUUAAUACACAAAAUAAAUACUUCGGCAUUCUGUGUUGUACAUGCUAAUCUCAGACGUGGUGGAUAUUAAGCCUCACACCUCAUUUAAAGUGCUAUUACUGUAAGAUACAUGCGUAGGUUGGUCCGUACAACACAUCAGAUCAUUUUACAAAAGCCCACAUUCAAGAAGCUGUACUAUCUAUUCUAGUCUCAGAGUUCGUGCAGGUCAGGCAAAGUAAAAUAAAAUGCAAAGCCUCUUCAAGGCCAUAUAUCAGGAAACGCAAUGACUAAAGGCCUGAAGAAAGAAGGUGUUAGAAAUCAGAUUAAAAACGGAAGUUAAACUGUUCAAAUUGUAACUUGAAUUUCAAACAGCUUUGUAAGAAAUGAAUAAAGUCAGUUCAGUUUCUCUUUAUCUUUAAACUAAGCUUUGUAAGACAUGAAUAAAAUCAGUUCAACAAAAUGUCCUUUUUAAAUGUAAAAAAAAACUUUCAGAAAAUAUCCAUCCAAACUACAGCAAGAAGAUUUCAAGGACUUUCAAGCACUUCUUCAUAAAUUCAAGGGCCUUCAGGCCUUACGAACCCUGUACUGAAAGUAAACCGAAAGUAAAUCAAAUACAUGCUUACCAAUUUCGCCCUUCCUUUAAUAAAUUAAUCGUGUCGUCAACUGAAAUUUUCAGAUCUUGUAAUCUUCGCCAGUUCUACCUGUAAAAAUUAUAAAACGAAACAGUACAUUAAAUGAUUGUUUGUUAGUAAUGAACAGUACAUUAAAUUAUUGCUCAUUUGUUUCAGUUCAAAGAAACGCAAGACGUUCGUGCACUGAAGCGAGGUCUGCUCCAAGCAAACUUGUUCUCGUGACGAGUAAACAAGAAGAGUGAUGACGCAAAGUCAAGCAUAUAAGAUCCAGACAAAAGGGCAGUUUGCCCUCAUAUUUUAUAACCAAAUAUCCACAGUAUAUAAAAUGAAGAAGUGACACAAGGCUCGCGUAAGCAUUUUCUUGGCAAGUUUUCGGUUUGCAUGUAUUAUUUCCACAAACUUAACAAAUAUUCUAAAUUCAAAAGAUUUCAAUAUAUGUAGGUUAUAGUCGUAGAGCUACUAAAAAUAAUCCAGCGAGCUCUAUAAAAAUCUGGUAUUAAAACAGUUUCGACAUUCACGGCUAUUGGACGUCUAUCCACUUUUUUCGUUAGGCCGAAUGACUGACAUUCUUGCUCCAGAUAUAUAGAGCUCACCGGGCCGAUUUCCCUUCCUUAAAUGCAGGUGGAGGACGCCAGGCACUCAGGUUAACACUGAUUCUCAAAACGAGAUCACGCUAAUCAAUCCUGUUUUAUUCCAAGAUCAGUGAGUACUAAAUCCCAGUGGAAAUGAUUUUUUUCAAUGAAUACAACCAAAAAUUUGCCAAGAGAACCGAAUACAGACCGGAUUUGCGGGUCAAAUGCAGGGGUCAGGCACUACACCUUAAGAAGGUGGUAGUUUAGUUGUUAGUGUGUAGAGGAUACAGUAUAAAUAUACAGCAUAUAUAUAUAUUUCAAAAUUUUUAUGUACUUUAGAAGUAUGAAAAGUUAUUUUGAGACAAACAGUAUAUUUUUAUAACAACUAUAUAAGAAAAAUGGUAUAACUGUAUAAGAUAAAUUUUGCCAAGGCUUUAAACGAACGAGCUCUUAUAAGCAUUAAGCUAACGAAAUGCAACAGAAAUAUAUUUCAAAGCUACAUAAAAUACUAAAGAGAAUAUCGAUUCGUCGAAUUCAAUAUGAUGCACCAAAGUUACAAAGACAAGUAUAUAGUGUAUAGUGUAUAAGGUGAUUUCAU